AUGCGGUUUUACAAUAUUUGUAAUAUUUUAAUAUUGUUGGUGGCCUUUGCCGUUGGUUGGGUUAAGGCCGAUAAUGAUGAGGACUUUCAAAAAGUCAUAAAAACCUGUGAGGUAGAGGUCCCAGUUAACGAAGAGGACAUGCAGGCAUUUAUGAAAAGUAACAUGGACCCCAGCAAGGCGACAACGCCCAUUAAGUGCCAGGGUAAAUGUAUUUUGGAAAAACAAGGAUUUUUUGUAAAGGGUGUAUUCGAUGAUAAAGCUUUUUUGGAGAAGGCCCUCAACCAUCCUGCCUUAAAAGAUCGCCAUGCUGAAGUUACUAAGGCAGUGGAUAUGUGCAAGGAAAAGAAAGGCUCCGAUGAAUGUGAGACAGCUUUCAAUAUUGGCAUUUGCCUAAAGGAGAACAAAGAUUUCGUCUUUGGUCAACAACAAUAA